AUGGGAUCAUGGGAUGACCAUGGAAUCAUGUGUUUACGGACGAGGCGGUUGGACAAAGUAGACCACGGAUGGGUGAGGUCGGACUUGACCAAAGCGUUUCAAGUGUGGUCGAAAUAUUCCAAACUCACGUUUCGAGAAGUUAACAGCGAAUCUGCAGACAUACUGGUAUUUUUCGAAAAAGGUUACCACGGAGACGGAUAUCCGUUCGAUGGACCGGGUCAAGUGUUGGCUCACGCAUUUUUCCCGGGCACUGGGCGAGGAGGAGACGCUCAUUUUGAUGAGGAAGAAGAAUGGCUGGUGGCCGACAAGACAAGCAAAGAUGGAACUAGCCUAUUCAGGGUGGCAGUGCAUGAAUUCGGACACUCACUUGGUCUUUCACACUCAUCGGUACAAGACGCAUUGAUGUUCCCGUGGUAUCAAGAUCUAAAAUCUGACUUUGAACUUCCCAACGACGACCGGAUUGGCAUACAAAUCCUUUACGGUGCUAAAAAUGACAAGAUCUGGGGUAACAUACCAGUUUACAGCCCGACUUCGCAGAGACCGGAUCCAUCGACUACCGUUCCGACGAUAUCUACUACAGCCAGGACAAUAGUUACCAAGUCUAUGCCCGGUAUCACUACUACUGUAACCCCCGUGACAUCCACUACCAGCAGAACAAUACCGCCGAGACGACCGAACGUGGCGGUGGUCGUCGACGACAAACCUGACUUUUGUAACACGUCCUUCGAUGCAGUGUCGAUCAUACGAAAGGAUACGUUUUUCUUCAAAGGCAAAUACACAUGGAGAUUAGGCGCCAAGGGACUAUACGCUGGAUAUCCGGCUCUAAUUUCCCGGCUGUGGUACAACCUGCCCGACAACAUGAACCAGGUGGAUGCCGUGUACGAAAGGCAAGACGGCAAGAUUGUGUUUUUCAUAGGUCGUCAAUAUUACUUGUUCGACGGCAACAACCCUCUGCCAGGAUACCCGAAGCCGUUGACAACGCUCGGACUGCCGGAAGAGUUGGACCAUGUGGACGCGGCAUUCGUCUGGGGGCACAACAGCAAAACUUACAUAAUCAGCGGCACCAUGUACUGGAGGUGCGACGAUGAGACUAACCAGAUGGAGCUUGACUACCCGCGAGACAUGUCUAUAUGGCGGGGCGCGGGAUACAACAUCGACGCGGCGUUCCAAUGGCACGACGGUGAGUGGAACCGUUUUAAUAGCUAA